AUGAGACCAAAGCAUACUCCAAGUAUCCCGCCUCUUCCGCGUUUGAGAGUCCGCACGGCCGACAAGAAGGGUCCUGGUGCCGGAAAGUGCGCUGUGGUCAUGUCACAGAUGCUUAACUGCUGGGCUGCCAACGGAGAAGGAGCUGCCGUUUGCAAAGAGCUCGAGAACCAGCUCAGAGAUUGCAUGCAUUCUAAGCCAUUUGGUUUCAGGAACCGGUGCGUACGAGUUUGCGGCGCUGGACAGGCCAUCAUAGACUCCGUAGAAUGCGCACAUGGAAGUCAGGAAACAGAAAACUCCAGAUGCAACCUUACAGCCCUCGUGCUCGCCAAAUGUAGCAAUGGUAUAAAGCAACAUGAAGAACCACUUGCAGAAUGUCAGAACAAACAGCGGAAUGGUACUCUUGAACGUUGCCGUGAACAAGAAGAAAUCAAACACCGUCCAUGCAGACAGGUAGAUUCCCAAAGCAUUAUCGUAAUCGCUGGUGUUGGCAUAAUAAUCCUCAACACCCAUGACGUCGGUGACAAUAGCACCGAAAGAAGUGAAGAAAGCUCCGUAGCAAAGCAGCAGAACGGAUCCAAACAGGUUGUUAUCAACGAUAGCCCAGAUACCGGUGAUGAUCUGGACCAAACCCGAAGCAAAGAAGAAGCUACCAGAAAGAAUAGCCGGGUUGGUGACAGAAUUGGCUUGACACAGAAUCAAACCGAGGGAGAACAGUGUGAUACCGGAAAGAGCCAAUCCGGCGGCACAAGAUGUUGGGUAAGGUCUCCAUUGGUCAGACUUCUUGUAGUAGCUGACUCUCAGCAGACCAGUUCUUGGCGGAUACACCACGUACUGGGGGCCAGUGGAAACUGGAGCAAUGGCGCGGGCCUUCUCGUCGUGAGGCUCGUUGUGAACUGCUGUUUCGCUGUUGGAUAUGAUUUCAGACAUUGGAAUUCGUUGGUGAUUGAUUGA